UGUCUGGGCGGUGCUAGCAUGUAGAUGUGGGCCGGGUGUUCCGGUCAUGCGUGAAGGGUAUUGUUGAAUUUGCAGCUGAUCACAUCAAACUGAAGUGAUCUGAUUUUCCUUUUUAUCUGAGCACCCGAGUGCAUCACUACAGAGACCUGGAUGGAUGGGUAUGGGGAAAAGUGGAUUUUGCUAUCCCGGGGCUGAUCGCCUCAUAAACGCAGCAUCAAUUUGCCUAGUGUCGCUUGCUUUGAUCUCCUGGGUAGAAAAAGGGGAGUGCCAAGCACAAUACUCUCAGUGCCACAUUCAGAAGUGCACCACAAGCUUUGUCUCCCUCACCUCCCUCCUCAACCCGUCCCUGCAUGGCUUUGACACUGAGUUCUGCAAGGCGCUCCGGGCCUACUCCGCCUGCACCCAGCACACAUCCAGGAGCUGCCGCGGCAACCUGGUGUUCCACUCGGCCACGCUGGGCAUCAGCGACCUCAUGACCCAGCGCAACUGCUCCAGGGACGGGCCUACCUCCGCCACCCGCCUGGAGGCCCCUACAGAGCCCUGUGACUACCACAGCCGCCAGCAUGGCUCGGGGGCAAGAGAGGGUUCUCACCCCGGCUACCUCUUCUGUGGCCUCUUUGGGGAUCCCCACCUUAGGACCUUUAAGGAUGACUUUCAAACCUGUAAGGUUGAGGGAGCAUGGCCCCUCAUUGACAACAACUACCUGUCAGUGCAGGUAACAAACAUUCCUGUUGUAGCAGGUUCCCAUGCCACAGCAACCAUUAAGAUCACGAUGAUAUUCAAACCACACCAGGACUGCACGGACCAGAAGGUGUACCAGGCUCAGACAGACGACCUGCCGGCCGCUUUUAUGGAUGGCACAGUGAGUGGGGGCGGCAGCAAUGGCCACAGCCUCUGGAUUGUGGAAAAGGCAGCUGGGCGGCACGUGGAGGUCCGCGCGGGUUACAUUGGAACCACGGUGAUCGUGCGGCAGCUGGGUCGCUACCUGACGCUGGCGGCCCGCGUGCCCAGGGAGGUGGCCAUGGCCUUCGACGAGAGCCAGGACCUGCAGCUCUGCGUGAACGGCUGCCCCUCGGCCGAGCGCAUCGACCAGGGCGGGCGCCUCCCCCUGCCGGAACGGAGUCCUCGCUGGGCCGGCCCCCAGCACCAGUAUCGGCAGCUGCACCCCGGGGCCAAUCGGGGCCUCGUGGCGGCCCCACGUAGCAGCGUCACCUUGGAAGCCGCCGUGAUGGCGUGCCAGGUGCAGCUGGAGGUCAAGGACAUCUACUUCCAUUCCUGCGUGUUUGACCUCCUCACCACCGGAGACAGCGACUUCAUCUCUGCUGCCUACAAUGCCUUAAAGGAUAUGGAGACACUCCACCCUAUGAGGGAUCGCUGGCAGAUUUUCCCCAGGUCCUACUCCCCUGGUCCUAGUCAUCUCCACCACAGACUAUUUCUCCUCUGCUCUCUCUUUUUUAUGUUUUUGUUUGACUUUCUAAAGUGAACUUUAUAAUAAAUGAUAUUGCCGUAAUGUA